GCAUAAGGGAGAGCUUUCCUGGAGCCGAGGACCGCGCUUAUUUGCACGGGCAGGGAGGUUCAGAAAGCCUGCAAAGAGUGGCCCGGGUGCAGCUAAGGGCCCAGUCCGGGGAUUUCCUUUCAAAGGUGACUUAGAGGCACUUCAAGAGGGUAGCGCCCUCCCAGGCGGGUCCUAAUGGUAAAUUUGGCAGAGUCAGCGAAACACGGCGCCGGGCAGCGCCCUCUCCCGCGCCCUCGCCUUCUCCCGCGCCAGGCAGCGGCGAGCACGGGGCCAUUUGCAGCACAGGCAACCUCGCGAACAGCCGCGGCGCCGAGCCGGGAGGGAGGUGGCACCAUGGAGCUGAAGAAGGACAGCAACGCUGUGGCCAUCGACAUGCUGCUCAUCGUGCACUCCGAGAAGCGGCGCGCGGCCCAAGCCACGCACUUGGACUCUCAGCCGGACCCGGGCGCGCUGCUGCAAAACCGAGGAGGGUUGCAAGGUGUCAGAAACGGAAUCCGGAAAUGGCAAGAACUGGAAAGAAACGGCUUUCAGGGAAACUUGUCAGAGAAGCAAUGCCUUCAGCAGCCUCAGGUCAUCACCUCCUAUGACAACCAAGGUACUCAGCUGACCGUGGAAAUCCACCCCCAAGACACCAUGCCCCAGCUACUCAAGAAGUUCUCUUUGGCAAAACGUUUACAAGGUGAUAAAAAUGGAAACACGAGACCUCGGCAGCCUGGAGGGAAAGAUGCCCAUGCUUACCCCUGGGACAGGUCCAGCUUGAAAUCCAUGCCCCUGGACCUGCAGCACUUUGAGAAACUUGAUGCCUCUGCCUCACAGGUGACAGUCAAGAGUGGCCUGGACGAGCUGGUGAGUGACUUGAUCCAGGAAGCCCACAGCGAUCUGGAAAGGGUCCGAGCCAUCUGGAUCUGGAUCUGCCACCACAUAGAGUAUGAUGUUGAGGCCGCCCAGGAAAAGGACCGCCAAGCCUUCAAACCCACUGACAUCCUAAGGACCCAGAAGACCAACUGUGAUGGCUACGCUGGCCUCUUUGAAAGGAUGUGCAGGAUUGCUGGUGUGCAGUGUGUCACCGUGCCUGGAUACUCCAAGGGCUUUGGCUACCAGACUGGGCAAAGCUUUUCUGGAGAGUUCGACCAUGCCUGGAAUGCUGUGUACCUUGAGGGCCAUUGGCACCUGCUGGAUAGCACUUGGGGCAGUGGCCUGGUGGACACUACCACCUCCAAAUUUACCUUUCUCUACAACGAAUUCUACUUCCUCACCCACCCUGCCCUGUUCAUCGAGGACCACUUCCCAGACAACAAAAACUGGCAACUGCUGAAGCCCCCUCAGUCUCUGAGGCAGUUUGAGAACAACAUGUACCACAAGAGUGAAUUCUACAACAAGGGCAUGCUGAGUGCCCACCCAGAGACAUCCAUGAUCCGAACAGUGAAUGGGAAAGCCACGGUCACCAUCCAGAGCUGUGCCCCAACGCUGUUCAUGUUCAUGCUCAAUGGCAAGCAGGAGCAUGGGCUACUGAGCCUCAGGAAGGACGGGAUGAAGCUGGAGGUGUACCCUCCAACCAUGGGCACCCACAAGCUGCAGAUCUUUGCCAAAGGCAACUCGGAAAUCUACAGUUCGGUGCUUGAGUACACGCUCAAGUGCAACUACGUGGACCUCUCUGUCCGACUGCCCGCUGAGCUUCACCAACCCGUGGGCCCCAGCUGGUUCUCAGAGCAGAUGGGAAUCACGAAGCCCUCCCACCCUGACCCCAUCAUCCACACCAGUGAUGGCCGCUGCUCCAUCAGCUUUGGCGUAGAGGAGGGCAUCAGCGUCCUGGCAUCCCUCCAUGGAGACGACGGCCCCAUCACGGAGGAGACGCAGCGGCGCUACAUCUUCCAGUUGAACCGCGAGAAGAGGACAGAGCUGAAAGUCCAGCUGCCCCACGCUGGCAAGUUUGCCCUUAAAAUCUUCGUGAAGAAGAGGCAAGAACAAGGCAACUUCGUCUUUGUCUUCAACUACCUCCUGUGCUGCGCCAACACCAAGGUGAACUGGCCUAUGUUCCCCGAGAGCUUUGGCAACUGGGGGCAGGGCAACGAGCUGCUGGAGCCUCUCUCGGGGGUGCUCCCCGCCAACCGCAACAUACCCUUCAAACUGAAGCUGCACGGCAUCGCGAAAGCCCUCGUGAAAGGGCAGGACACGUGGCCCCUGACCCUCAACCCCGAGGGGUACUGGGAGGGCAGCUGCAACACGGCUGGCUGUCAAGAAGUCUACGUCAUGGUGCUGGAGAAUGCUAACCACAACUUCUACUCCUACAUCCUGAAAUACAAAGUGAAUGACCAGUGAGGGGCGGCAAACCCACAGCCUCCGAGGGCUAAGGCCCGCCCCGCCCAGGGAGGGCCCAGGCCAAGUGCAGAGAGCCUGGGACGCCACUAAUCUGCAUGAAAUCACUUCUAGGCCUCUGCCUCGAUCUCCCUGCUCUGCCACAGGCAUUGAGGAGUUUGUAUUGCUGAUGGCUUCACUCAGUGUGGUUGUGGACGAAGGGACAGAGGCAAAGGCCCUUUAGAAGGAAAAGGUGCUAUGAAAAUCCGAGGUAUUGUGAAGUGUAUCCCACGCCGGUGCCUGCUCCUGUGUUAGUACCGUGUUGUAGAGUUGGGUGGGAAAGCAGAGUUGUUGCCCGUGCUGAAAGCUUUCCACACAAUGCCUAGAGAAUGAUGCUUGAGGCUGAAUCUCUCAGAGAGAACACUGUUUUUCCACUCCUUCCGGCCCCGGGGAAAGUUGGGCCCGCCCAUCUUCCAUAUCCCCGGCGCCUCCUAGGUAGCCACUUCAUGCUCUACAAGAGCUUGAGGAAGGGAGAUGGAGGAAGGAGGCCAGCUGACCGUCAGCCAUCUAGAGGCUGUUCUCUCCCAACCCCUGUGAGUCUCUGGGAUGCGACCAGGGCAGAGAACAGCCGUGUGCACACAGGAUGUCCUGGGUGGGGACCCAGGAUGGAGUGGUGUCUUUGGAAGUCUCGCAACCCGAACUCAAGUGAAGAGCCCCCGAUUCCGUGUACCUACCAGAGUUCAGCCCAGGGCCUGGGGAUGCCUUCGCAGUCUGAGCCCAGGUCCAUCGCCAGCUUUCCACAGGGGCGUCAAUGUCUACACGACCAGUCAGGAGCCUGGCUGAUGACCAUGAACUGAGACCCGAGUCCUGGGCAGGCAGAUGAGUCCCAGAGAAACAGCAGCAGAACCAGGGGCAGUAUCUGAUAAUGCUGCUUCCAGGACCUUACAAGAAAAAAAUAAAAACAGGCUGACGGGACCACCACGUGCCCCUGGUGGGAAUGCCUGUGCCUGUCUCUGAGAAAAAGCCCUAUCAUAGCCAUUUUCCCUCCUGUCUUUCUCUGAGAUGACAACCUCUGCCCUGAGCUCAGCCUUCUGUUGGGAACAGUUGAGGGCCUCUUCUUGCUCGGGCCUGUCCUAAAAAGCCUCAGCUGCCUAGCUGGCCCUCAGCAACACCUGAGGCUGGUGUUUCCAUGGCAACGGCUGAGGGAAAGGCAGGCAGCAAGCAGGGAAGGCCUGAGAGAGGACACAACAAUACCGUCCCAGUGCAUGGAAAAACGCCAACGUGGUCCCCACCAAACUUCUGGGUCCGAGGAGUCUGCUCGCUCUGCCUGUCUCAGAGCUCCAGCCCUCACUUCUGGGAGUCACCCCAAAUGUCCUCAGGCUCAGAUGCAGCCAGAGCCCGCCUGGAAUACUCAUAGCCUCCUUCUCUGCAUGGCCCGGUGUUGGAUUCUGGGUUAACACGAAAGACUCCGCCAUAGCCAUCCAGACCUCUGGGCGGGUGGUCUGCCAGGUGGGGCCUAUUCGAAGAUCCAGAAUUCUAGAACUUCAGUCCCUCAUCCCCUUUCAGCCCCUGCCCCACAGGUCCCCGGCUGCCACCCUCCACCAGGCUGGGUGGCCUCACUUGUGAUUAGCAUGGCUGCUGGGGGGCUGAGCUGCCUUGGCUUGUGUCCCGGGUCCUCUGGCAGUCUUUACCUGUCAGCAUCUUGUCUCUCACUCCAGGAAAACACGCAAAAGCCAGGGAGGCAUCCCCACUACACGGUGGAGUGCAAACGGUGGAGUUACACGGUGGAGUGCAAACGGUGGAGUUUGCACCGCCUGGAAACAGCCUUUCCUCGCCCCUUUUAUUUUAUGAGCAGAAAGAAGUGUGCUGUUUUAACAAAAUAGUAAGUGCUAGGAUUCCUGCCACACACUAGACACAGCCCUCACUGCCGCUGCUAGCCCUGCAGAAGACGAUACCCAUGUUUUUCAAAACAGCAUAAUUAAUCCACUGGGGAACUUAGAGAGGAUUUUACCCCCGCAAAACAGGAGCUGUCCUCAGCACCAGAGACCCAGGCCGGCCUCUCCCAGCCCUCGUGAGUCAUCUGCACGCCCCUCCCUCCUCAUUUAACCAGGCAGCCCCUUUGUCAAGGCAGCUGUAGGAACACGCAGAAAAAACGCCUGCAUUUCUUUCCACUGAAGUAAAGAUACAUGAAACUAAAUCCAAUCUUCAUGAAUUUUUACACGCAUGCUGCUCAGGCUGGAAAUUUGGAGGUUGCGUUUUUGAAGGCUUUUUAUUCAAAACCCCCUCUUUGUCUCCCCGUCCGCGAGUCCGGGGGGCCGAGCGAAUGGCACGAGCGCCCCCUGGUGGUCUAUAUGCGAAGUUGCCACCGCUGCAAACCCCCAACUGGAUCUAUGAUUGUUUAAAAUCACUAGAUGCUUCCUAGGCCCUCUUGGAUACGCCGAGGUCAGCGUUGCCAUGCAGACUGUGAGAACAGCCUGGGGAGACUUCCUGGCUGGUGUGGUGAGAAAAUACAGAAUGUGAUACGAAUUCAGAGUGUUUUGCCCAGAAAUCUUUUCCUGAGACAGAAACCCUGGACACAAGCUUGCCUGGCCAAGGUCUCUUUUAUCACGCUCAUUGCUGUACCAAUGACAGGCUGAAACUGAUCAAACCCAGCAUUUUGCCAGGCAAACCCCAGGAUGGGUGCCAGGGUGCAGAAGGGUUGGGCGUGGUGGGGUAAAGGGGUGCAAUUAACCUCUUUUCAGAUUGCUUCAGAAGUGCCUCCAGCUCAGCUGGACUGCUCGCCGUCUGAUUGUGAAUAUUCUGAGUUCUCCGUAUGUCUCAUUGUCCCACCAGGAUGGACUUCUUAAGGCCCGCUGAGAUUAAAGAGACCGUAAAUAGAUUAACUGAAGCAUGAAGGAUUUGAGCUAGAUAUAAAGAGCCAUUUCCUGUAGUGAAGCAGGAGGGGCACGUUGCCAAUAAAGUCUGCAAAAUUCUCAAAGGACCUGAAAAGGAGAAAAGUUUCCCCGGUGUUCUGGAGCUUUCUUACUGAAGUGGUUGGGUUGUCUCUUCACUAGUUCUUGAGUCACACUGGCUGGCCACAGUAAACGUGGGGUUUUAUGGUGUGACCACAUGACUUAGGAGUGUCAGAUUUCUAAGGCACGUACUUUAUCUGAGGUCUGUCAUUUCUUUUCAUUUGGAGUAAGUAUCGAAAGCUGCAGAGGUGACUGUUUCUUCUAACGUGUGCGCUGAACUGUGUGUUGAAGAUGCUCUCCUCAUAUUGUUGCUGGGGUUGUUUUUCAAUAAAAUUUAUAUUCAUUUUUAUCCAA